UAGCGAAGAGAAGACUGAGGGGGACAUGAGAACCUUCUUCAAAUAUAUAAAACUAUGUUAUAAAGAGGAUGGUGAUCAGUUGUUCUCCUUGUCCUCCAAGAGUAGUGCAAGAAAUAGUUGGCUUAGUCUGCAGCAAGGGAGAUUUAGGUUGGAUAGUAGGGAAAAGUUUCUAACUAUAAGGAUAGUUAAGCAUUGGAACAGUUACCUAGAGAGGUGGUGGAAUCCCUAUCAUUCAAGGUUUCUGAUAACAGGUUGGACAAAUAUCUGUCAGGAUGGUUUAGGAUGCCUCAGCAUGGAAGGAGGGAUUCUUGACUGCACCGCUACUAGCAAGCUGUCACAGUACUUGGAUGAGAUCAGCCCAUGAAUGAAGAACAGCUGAAGCUCAACUUGAGCAAAACAGAGGUCAUGCUGGUGGACAGAAGAAAGUAUUUUGAAAAAUUUGCAGCCAUGGUUCCGUCUCCCUUUGGUUGAGGGGUCACAUUGACAAUUAGUCACUUCAGUCUGUAGUCUAGGAGUACUCUUGGAUUCCUUGCUGAUGCUCACUUCUUACAUAGCAACAGCCAUGAGUAAUGCUUUUUACCAUUUCUGGCUGGCUAGGAGACUCUGUCCCAUCCAUGCAGAUAAAGACCUGGCCUUUGUCAUGUCUUUGUCACUUCUUGGCUGAGCUGCAGCAACGCAGUAUACCUGGGCAUGAAGCCUUUAGUAUUUAGGAAACUCCAACUAGUACAAAAUGCUGCAGCACAUCUCUUCAGCGAUCACGAGCACAUCACACCUGUCCUCUGGCUCUCUACACUAACUUCCCAUAGAAUUUUGAAUCAAGUUCAAGGUCCUCAGUCCUUAUUUUCAAAGCACUCCAUUGCCUGGGGCCAGGGUGCCUAAAACCAUCUAAAACUCCAGGACAGAUACUGUGGUCAACAAUUUCGCUCCCUUGGCUUGAUGGACCUGUCUACAAUAAGAGUAAAACUCAUCUGUGCAGGAGAGAGAACCUUCUCUGGGUGUGGUCCAGGACUGUGGAAUGAACUCCCCCAGAAACUGAGGACUAUCAUAAAUCUCACCUCUUUCUGCUCCACAUAUAACCUCCUGGGAAUUUCCUGGGUUGACAGUUCCUGGAUUCCUAUAUUAAACAAUGGAAGUGUGUUAGACUAUUUCUCAGAGCGAAGUAACCCAUUCUAUGACCGAACAUGUAACAACGAAGUAGUCAAAAUGCAACGGCUGACCUUGGACCACUUGCACCAAAUGAUUGGAGUGGAAUAUAUCCUCCUUCAUGCUCAAGAGCCCAUCCUCUUCAUAAUUCGAAAGCAGCAAAGACAGUCUCCUACACAAGUCAUCCCAUUAGCUGAUUACUAUAUUAUUGCUGGAGUGAUUUAUCAGGCACCUGAUUUGGGAUCUGUCAUAAAUUCCAGAGUGCUCACUGCAGUGCAUGGAAUUCAGUCUGCUUUUGAUGAAGCCAUGUCAUACUGCCGAUAUCACCCUUCCAAAGGCUACUGGUGGCAUUUCAAAGACCAGGAGGAACGAGAUAAAGCCAAACCAAAAGCCAAGAAGAAGGAAGAACCAAGCUCUAUUUUCCAGAGGCAGCGGGUGGAUGCUUUGCUUCUAGACCUGAGACAAAAAUUUCCACCCAGAUUUGUUCAGCAAAAGCCUGGAGAAAAGCCCAUCGCAGUGGAUCAGAUCAAGAAGGAGCCAGAACCAGCCCCCGAAGCUAUAAAGCCAGAGGAGAAGGAGACUGUAAAGAAUGCCCAACAGAGUGCUGGCACUAAAGGGCCCCCAGAGAAACGGAUGAGACUCCAGUGAAGGGAUGGACAAUUCCAUAUCUCGAUGAUUCAACGUCUGGAGAAGAAUUUGCAAGUGACUCCUACUCCCCCUUAUCUGUAUUUGAACGUUCAGGAUUGUGACAUUGCAGGAUUUAAAGCCCCUUGCAACAGCUUCUUCUCUCAGCAGAAACCUAUUAAAAAGCUGCCAAUGGAAAGACUUGAGCUGCACCGGGAGGGGAUUUUUCAGCCUUCUCCCCAUUUUGGAUGUUAGCUUCGGACUGAAUUUCACAUGAAUGCGUUUUGCAACUUCCUUGUAAAACUCCUUUUUUCAUGUCCUCUGGUAAUUGUGUGUUCUAUGUAAAAAGAGGAACUUUUUAAUAAAAAGUUGAAUUCUUGGUACACCAA